CGCCUCGCGCCGCACACAUACGCGCUAUUUAGGAUGCUGGGCGGCGUGGGAGGGCGGCAUGCGUCGGUGCGUCGGCGCGGCAGUUCGCCGGGCGUGCGGCGUGUCGUGGCAGCUGUCGGAGAUGGCUCUCCCCCGGCCUCGCCGAUGCCACCCCGACGCCGCCGCGCCGCGCUUGCCGCGUCGGAUCAUAAGACCUGCGCUCUCAUACACACUCGCCUCAAGCUGGGGGACAUCAUGUUGGCGGCAGCGCAGGAGGCGGCGGGCGCGCAGGCUCGCGGGGCGCCAGCUGAUACCAUGGGCGGCGCGCACCAGCCCGCUACUCCGGGGCCGAACUCGCUCUUUAUAUUCGCCGAAGAAAAUCCUGUACGGAAGUAUACAAAGUUUAUCAUCGAGUGGCCGCCCUUCGAGUACGCGGUGCUGCUUACCAUCAUCGCCAACUGCGUGGUGCUGGCGCUGGAGGAGCAUUUGCCCAACGGCGACAAGACCAUCUUAGCACAGAAUCUGGAAGCGACCGAGGCGUACUUUUUAGGAAUAUUUUGUGUAGAAGCCUCGUUGAAAAUAUUAGCCUUAGGUUUUGUUUUACACAGGGGAUCGUAUCUUAGGAACGUUUGGAACAUCAUGGAUUUUUUCGUUGUUGUAACUGGUAUCAUCACGCAGCUGCCGGUCGCGCCCGACGUCGACUUCAGGACCUUGCGUGCCAUUAGGGUGCUGAGGCCCCUUAAAUUAGUAUCGGGCGUUCCUAGCCUGCAGGUGGUCCUGAAGUCCAUAAUCAAGGCGAUGGCGCCACUGCUGCAGAUCGGCCUCCUGGUGCUUUUCGCGAUUGUCAUCUUCGCCAUUAUCGGCCUGGAGUUCUAUUCCGGGGCGCUGCAUAAGACUUGUUAUAGUUUAGAAGAUAUUAGUGAAAUAAGUCCAGAGGGCGAAGUUGCCACGCCUUGUAAUGCAGACAACGAGACGUUAGCGCCGUUCGGAGCAAAAGUCUGCAAAUAUGAGGAAAGCACGUGCUUGGAGAAGUGGGAGGGGCCAAACAGAGGCAUCACGUCCUUCGAUAACAUCGGCUUCGCCAUGCUUACCGUCUUCCAGUGCAUCACCAUGGAGGGCUGGACUGCCAUUCUCUAUUGGACGAAUGACGCGUUAGGUAGUGCGUUCAACUGGGUUUACUUUGUGCCUCUCAUAGUAUUGGGUUCAUUCUUUAUGCUCAAUUUAGUUCUCGGUGUUCUUAGCGGAGAGUUCUCAAACGAAAGAGGACGCGUGGAACGUCGAGAACAGUUCCAAAAAGAACGUGCUCGGCAUCUUUUCAAUCAGGACUUUACUGCAUACCUCAGCUGGAUUACCGAAGCAGAGGAGGUAAUAUUAGCAGAAGAAAGAACAACGGAAGAAGAAAAAGCUCACAUUAUAGAAGCUCGGAGAAGAGCAGCAGCGAAAAAGAAGUUAAAAAACCUAGGGAAGAGUAAAAGCACAGAUACAGAGGAGGAAGAACAAGAUGAGGACUGCGGAGAUGACGGGUUCCUGAAAAGCAAAGCACGGUCGGCCGGCAAGUGUGCAGACUUUUGGCGCGCGGAAAAGAGGUUUCGCUUCUGGAUCCGGCACACUGUGAAGACCCAGUGGUUUUACUGGUUCGUCAUCGUGUUGGUGCUUUUCAACACUAUAUGCGUCGCUGUCGAGCACUACAAGCAACCAAAGUGGCUAACUUCAUUUUUAUACUAUGCCGAAUUUGUGUUCCUGGGGUUGUUCAUGAUGGAGAUGUGGAUCAAAAUGUAUGCACUGGGACCGAGGAUCUAUUUCGAGUCCUCGUUCAACCGGUUUGACUGCGUGGUCAUUUCGGGCUCCAUCUUCGAGGUUGUAUGGUCGGAGGUCAAGGGAGGAUCCUUCGGUCUCUCUGUACUUAGAGCUUUAAGACUGUUGAGGAUAUUCAAGGUUACGAAGUACUGGUCAUCAUUGCGGAACCUGGUGAUAUCUCUCCUGAAUUCAAUGAGAUCCAUCAUCUCUCUGCUGUUCCUUCUAUUCUUGUUCAUUCUCAUCUUUGCUCUACUGGGCAUGCAGCUCUUUGGAGGGCAGUUCAAUUUCGAAGAGGGUACUCCGCCUACUAACUUCAACACGUUUCCCAUCGCGCUGCUAACUGUCUUCCAGAUCUUAACAGGUGAAGAUUGGAACGAAGUGAUGUACGACGGUAUCCAGUCGCAGGGCGGUAUACAGCGAGGCAUGAUUUACUCGCUAUAUUUCGUCAUCCUCGUACUGUUCGGCAACUACACACUGCUGAACGUGUUCCUCGCUAUCGCUGUCGACAAUUUGGCAAAUGCCCAGGAAUUGACAGCGGCAGAAGAGGAACAAGUCGAGGAAGAUAAGGAGAAGCAGCUUCAAGAAUUGGAGAAAGAGAUGGAUGCAUUGCACGCGGUGGAUGGGACACCACCUAGGGGAGACUUAAGUCCUUCUUCGCCAUCGAGUAGGAAGAACAAGAAGAAAGAUGAGGCCAAAAAAGAAGAUGAGGAGAUACCAGAUGGACCAAAACCAAUGCUGCCAUAUUCGUCCAUGUUUAUUUUGUCACCCACUAAUCCAAUUAGGCGAGGCGCACACUGGGUUGUAAAUUUAAGAUAUUUUGAUUUUUUUAUCAUGGUAGUUAUAUGUAUGAGUUCCGCGGCUUUAGCAGCUGAAGAUCCCGUUCUUGAAGAUAGCGAUAGGAAUAAAAUCCUAAACUAUUUCGACUACGCGUUCACGGGCGUGUUCACCGUGGAAAUGUUGUUAAAGAUCGUCGAUCUCGGCAUUUUGUUCCACCCCAGCGCGUACCUGCGCGACCUCUGGAACAUCAUGGACGCCGCGGUCGUCAUCUGCGCCUUAGUUAGCUUCGGUUUUGAAAUCGGGUACAAGUCGGCGGGACAGAAUCUGUCUACAAUAAAGUCGUUAAGAGUGUUAAGAGUGCUGAGACCUUUGAAAACUAUAAAACGUGUUCCAAAGUUAAAAGCAGUGUUUGACUGUGUUGUGAACUCUUUGAAAAAUGUCAUUAACAUUCUCAUUGUGUACAUAUUGUUUCAAUUCAUAUUCGCUGUAAUUGCAGUUCAACUUUUUAAUGGUAAAUUUUUUCACUGCAACGAUAUCAGUAAGAAUACUUUUGAAGACUGCCAAGGGUCGUAUUUUAUCUACGAAGCGAAUAGUCUGCUGCCGAAGGUGGCUAAGCGGGAGUGGUCGACGCAGUCGUUUCACUACGACAACGUCGCCACCGCCAUGCUCACGCUCUUCGCCGUGCAGACGGGGGAAGGGUGGCCACAAGUAUUACAAAAUUCAAUGGCCGCCACUUACGAAGACAGGGGACCCAUACAAAAUUUUCGAAUAGAAAUGUCCAUAUUUUAUAUAGUUUACUUUGUGGUGUUUCCGUUCUUCUUUGUUAACAUAUUCGUAGCUCUGAUUAUCAUCACGUUUCAAGAGCAGGGUGAAGCGGAGUUGCAAGACGGUGAAAUUGAUAAGAAUCAGAAAUCAUGUAUAGACUUCACGAUAGAAGCGCGACCUCUCGAGAGGUAUAUGCCAAGCAAAAGGACAAGUUUUAAGUACAAAGUGUGGAGAAUAGUCGUCUCUACGCCCUUCGAGUAUUUCAUCAUGACCCUCAUUGUGCUUAACACACUGCUGCUCAUGAUGAAGUAUUAUAAUCAAAAUGACCUCUACGCGGAUAUCCUCAAGUAUUCGAAUAUGGGGUUUACUGGAAUGUUUUCUGUGGAAACGGUGUUGAAAAUCGUCGCUUACGGUGUCAAAAAUUUUUUCAAAGAUCCGUGGAAUACAUUCGAUUUCAUAACGGUCAUUGGAAGUAUUAUUGACGCCCUCAUUAUGGAGUUUGGCGAGAAUACAUUCAACGUCGGUUUCCUUCGCCUGUUCCGAGCCGCACGACUGAUCAAGCUGCUCCGACAGGGAUACACUAUUCGGAUACUGCUCUGGACAUUCGUGCAGAGUUUCAAAGCCUUACCCUAUGUGUGCCUUCUCAUCGCGAUGCUAUUCUUCAUCUACGCCAUCAUCGGGAUGCAGGUUUUUGGCAAUAUAGACUUAUCACCAGACUCAGAUAUGAACAGACACAACAAUUUUCGAAGCUUCAUUCAAGCACUCAUGCUACUGUUCAGAUGCGCGACGGGAGAAUCGUGGCCAAACAUCAUGCUGGCAUGCCUCAAACCUGCCAAGUGUGACAAGGCUGCCAACAAGCCGGCCAAUGAGGAGUGUGGCAGCACACUUGCCUACGCGUACUUUGUCUCUUUUAUAUUCUUCUGUUCGUUUCUUAUGUUGAAUUUAUUCGUUGCCGUCAUAAUGGAUAAUUUCGAUUACUUGACGAGGGACUCAUCCAUCCUCGGCGCUCAUCAUCUUGAUGAAUUUGUUAGGAUAUGGGCUGAAUAUGACCCAAACGCCACGGGGAAAAUCCAUUAUACAGAAAUGUAUGACAUGUUAAAGAACAUGGAUCCACCUUUGGGGUUUGGCAACAAGUGUCCAAACAGAUUAGCAUAUAAGAAGCUCAUUAGAAUGAAUAUGCCGUUAGAUGAAGAGGGUAAAGUAAAUUUUACCACAACGUUGUUUGCCUUAAUUCGGGAAAACCUCAACAUCAAGAUGAGAUCAGCCGAGGAAAUGGACCAAGCAGAUGAGGAAUUAAGAGAAACGAUAACUCACAUAUGGCCAUUACAAGCAAAGAAGAUGUUAGACUUGCUAGUACCUCGUACCGACGUACUCAAUGCAGGGAAAUUGACAGUGGGAAAGAUCUACGCGGGCCUCCUCAUCUUGGAGAGUUGGAGAUCGACUAGGUUUGGCCAGACUGAACCACAGGGCGUUCAGGUGUUGGAGCUACAAGAUGUUGGAUCACAUCAUGCCUCAAUGGAAUCGAUAGACGAAGGCCGAUUGCAAGCCCCACAUGCCUAUCAAAAUGGUCACCAUGGGAGAUCUUCUAGUUUAAGACGGACGCCGAGCCCAAGAAGGAGAGGGCACUACGGAGGUUACCACCACGACAUCGGCUUCUCCGACACCGUCAGCAACGUCGUCGAGAUUGUGAAACACGAACAUCAGAGACACGGGCGAACGCAUCGUGCGCCGCACCACUACCACCCGCAUGGGAAGGAGUGGAGGGCGCCGCACCCUACGACCAGCCUGAGCCAGCCCUCGCGGUCGCCCAGCCCGCCACACCACACCUACGUUUGGGCCCCGAUAGGUGGUGGUGAACGAGAGCGAUCGCGCGAGUGGGAUCGGGAGCGCGAGUGGCGGGAGUGGCGCGAACGAUCGUGGGAGCGGGAAGGCGCGCGGCGCGGCCGCGGCCGCCAGCUGCCGCCCACGCCCACCAAGCCGUCCACGUUACAAGUUAAACAGCAGCCACCCUUCACCAGGAUCAGCCACAGUCCCUCGCAUUUGUCGUUAAGGCAUACGGUGCGAGAGCCCGUAGAACCUCUUCACGACGAGUACGAGUACGGCCGAGAAGUUGAAAGACUGAUACACCGAGACUAUAGAUCUAGAGAAAGACGCGGCAGAGGCUACGAGUCGGAGCGAGGCGGCGGGCGGUACGAGGCGCCGCUGAGCUACGAGGCGGCGCUGGCGCUGGGCCGCGGCGGCGGGGCGCGCGCGCUGCCGUCGCCGCUGCCCGCGCCGCGGCUGGCCAACGGCUACAAGCCGCGCGCGCGCCACUCGGACUCGGACGAGGACGACUGGUGCUAGCGGCGCCGCCGCGCGCGCUCCCAGCGGGACGUGCGCGCGCCCGCCGGCCCCGGCCGCGCCGCCCACGCGCACACCUUCUGAGCGCGUCGCGACUCGCGCCUGCGCCCGAACGGUCUCGUUUUAUAUCGGCGAACGUGUGUACAUAGACGACUCUCGUUGCUCAGGAUUUUGGACGUCCCUCCCGGAGGCGGCGCGCCCCGGCCGCCGCCGCCCUCGCCGGUAGCCUCCGCGAGCUAUGUCCAAAUUCUAGUAUUUACAAAGUUUUGGAAAAUUUAAUUUUUAAUUCGCUAAAAUUUUACUCUUUGAUUUAUAUAACGGUUAAGGUAAUCGAAGUAUGAAACAGUGCCAGACAACUCGUUUGCGCUAGGAUUUUUACAUAAAUGAAAUUAUUAGUCUGUAUUGUAAAAGUAAACUUUCUAUAUUAAAUUUGCACUACAUAAAGUACGUUAUUUAUAUCGCCUCCUGAAACGGCGCGGGCCGCGGCCCCGAGCGUCCGGGCCGGCGUAGUGUAGUUGGCCGGCUCGGAGCCGCAAUGCGUCUUGUGACUGUAGUAUGUACGUGUUGUGUGACCCUCCCCGUGAACCGCAGCCGCGGCGGCGCCGGCGCCGGCGGCCGGGCCGCGCUCGCCGCCGUUUCACGUUCAAGUUAGACGUCGUUGGGAGAAACACUAGCAAUUCAUCGUCAGACAAAUUAAUACUAGUAUUGUAUAAAAUAUUUACAUAGCAAAUAAUUUUUACUUAGUUAAUAUUAUAAAUAAUUAAACAUUUUUUUAUUGAAUUUGCUGUCCUUCCCCCAAGUGCUUUAUACCUACGUUAUUUAAAUUUAAUACAAUUAAAACUAAUAAAUAUGAAUCGUAUGUAAACUUUGAAAAUAUAUUUCUGCAUUAAAUUAUUACCUAAAUUGUUAAAUCGUGUACUGAUAUUGUUUAAAAAAAAUGUUGUCGCCUGGUUUACUAAUAAGACCUUUGCAGAGGGUCACGGGUUUGUUGCAAGUCCGUGCUGCAUUAACUAUAUCCGGAACUGCGUGUUCCGGGUGACAUCGUAAGUAGACUGUACGGGAUUUUGUGAUAAAAAUUGCAACGAGUCCGAGCCCACUGUACAAAAUGAAGUUGGUAGUGUUUCAUGGUCUUUUUUUCUUACUCAUAAUAAAAUUGAAAUUCACGAUAAUCUCUUUACGCAACCACCCAUUGCUUUACUGCUAAUACUUCUCAUAUACAUACAUAUUUCAUGCAUUACUAGAUAUUUAAGAAAAAAAUGUACAAGUGAUACCAAGAUCAUCAUUAAUUAAUCAUCGCAGUAACAAGCAUUAUUUACUACACGUACAAAUUUACUUCCAGUUUUAGAAGAAAAUGCGUCUGUGGUCAUUUUAUUACUCUAAAAUAAUGGGUGGUUUAAAUGCAGAGAAUUUUUAAUAAUGUCUUUGAUAGUAAAACUACCAGGCACAAAAUGUUUUAACUAUACAUUCAAGAGCAAAAUUGGAUGACUUCGUUUUAAUAAUAUAUCAAAUGAACUAAUUCAAAAUCAGUUCAAAUGUGUUCAGCC